ACGUCUGUUUACUGUCGCCAGGGAUAGUUUCUUCCUUUUACUCACUAUUAAGGACCGUUCAGAGGUGUAGUGCUGGGCUGAUCGGAAGCAGAUGUCCGGUCCCCUUCCGGACGCGCACGCGCCACAACUUCCCGCGGUGGACGUGUGCCGGUUCCUGCCCCAGCUGGCGACGGAACUAGCCACAGCCCAAACCACUCAGAACGAGGAAGUGGAGCAGAAACAGAAUCAGCUCCUUCAGUUACAAGAAGAACUGAAAAAAGGGAGUGAGAGGCUGGAGGACCUUGUUGCACGUGUGUGUGCAGCAAAUAGAGCCAUCACGGUCGCCAGAGACGAUUCCUCCCAGGCCGGUCUCAGGUGCAGGGAGCUGGGAGAGAGUCUAGCGAGGCUGGCAGGGGGAGAGAGAAGAGAUGAGGACCCAACUGGAGGCCGUGGGGAGGGAGGGGGAGAGAGGAGAGAGACAGAGGGAAGAGUAUGUGGCAAAGAUGGCCGCCCUAAGACGUCGAGUCUCUCAGGCUGAGGAGAACACCUCGGCCUAUCAGGAGCUUGCCAGACUCCUGGCAAAGAAGCAAAAAUGGAGCAGAAGAAGAGUGGUGUGUCUGGUGUAUGUAGGGGCUGGCUAUCUUCACGGAGAGGGCCUGGAGAUCCUGAGUGGAGAGAGAAAGAGACGAAUGCAGGAGAGCAUCAUUGCCGUGGAGACAGAGUGUGCCCUUGUGGACGAGGAUGCUUCUGAGAUCAAAGGCAGGCAGAAGAGGGAAGGCGAGCAGGAGGAGCAGAGGUGGAAAAGAGAGGUGGAAGUUGGCAGAAGGCGUCAGCAGGCCCAGGUGACCAGACUUCGCAGACAGCUGCAGGAGGCACAGUCUCGGCGCAGACAGUGGGCCAGGCAGGUGUCCUCACUCCACACCACUAUCUCCAUGCUCAGAGGAAAACUGGAGGACCUAUCAUAGGUCUUGUUCACCUCUCAUUUAUCCACCACCUCACUAUAGUAUGUACACCAUCACAGCAUACUUAUCGAAUUAUAAUUUCACUUGCUUUCAUCACCAAAAUAUAUAUUAUAGUUGAAUAAAACUGGAAAGGCUAAAAUAUGACCAGAGGAAAGGGGAUUAAAGUUACAGAAUAGAAAGGAUGAGAGUUUUCUAUAAUCAAGUGAUGAUGACGACGUGGAUCCCAAAUAGAGCACACUAAGCAGUCAUUCAUCUCGACGGUCCAUCUCUCGGCAGCUGGAGCAGCU